AUGCAAGAGAAAACAGCUUUCCUGUUGAUCGAUCCGCUGAAUGACUUUUUGCAUCCAGAGGGCAAAGUAUACCCUGCUCUCAAGGAUAGCAUUGAGGCUACCGACACGGUGAACAAUCUCCAAAAAUUUGUUAAGGCUGCAAGAAAUAGCCAUAUCCCUAUCUUUUAUUGCCAACACCAACUAUAUGAAGAAAACUCAUAUCAUGAUUGGAACCACAUGACAAAGAGCCAGCUCAGAAUCCAACAAUCGGCCUCAUUCGCAGCAGGGAGCUUCGGGGCGGAAAUUUAUAAAGGUCUUGAGCCGGAUCGCAGCAACGGCGAUGCCAUUGUGUCGCGCCACUGGAAUAGCAGCUCUUUCGGCAAUACUGAUCUUGACUAUCAACUUCGCCAACGCGAUAUUACGCACGUUGUCUGCGCGGGCAUGGUUGCAAACACAUGUUUGGAAGCUACCGCUCGCUAUGCAAUUGAAUUGGGGUAUCAUGUCACGAUCAUAAGCGAUGCGACCGCUGGAUUUUCAGUUGAGCUGAGAGAUGUCGCUGAGAAAGUUGUCUGGCCCACUAUUGUGGACGAAGUCUUGACCAUAGACGAAUGGAGCGCAAAGUCUAACAGCGCAAAGUAA